CCGUUUAAUUCGCAUAGUUUGUGCCGUGGCAAUGUCGGGGAGUGACAGCCCAACGUUUUUCCACGGCCAACCAUGGUCAAAUUGGAUUGAAAAAAUUGGAAGAGACAAACCAUUAAGUGAUGAUGAGUCUGAAACUGAACCAAGUUCUGUUACACGCCUGUCAGCUGAUGACAUUGAUUUAUAUGGCUUCUGUCCGGAGCGUGAUACAUUUUAUGGAGUUGUUUGUGAAAUUUGCAAUGCAAUUGUCAAACCUCAAGCUCUCAUUCAACACAUGGAAAGUAGGCAUUCAUCAGAAACAGCAAAUUUACCACCACCUCCACCACCGCCACCGCCAUCAUCAUCAUCAACAUCAAUACAAUCAUCGAAACCAGUUUUAAAAACAGCAUACUGUAAAAUAUCUAAGUUAACAAAAAAAUCAACAUCAUCAUCAUCAUCUGGUAACAGUACAAGUAGUGGAUCAUUAUCAAAUUCAAAAAUAAAUCAUACAUCAAUAAAAAGAACAGCUGAACAAGCAAAUUUACACUCUACGUUACAAACAAUUGCACCAAAAUCACCGUAUGAUCAAAUAUCAGGUAUUGUACCAUCAAGUCCAGUUAAAAGUCCAGGUACAAAUGGUAAUACAGCAACAACAACAUCAACAACAACAACGACAUCAUCAACGACAACAACAACAACAACAAAUGGACCACCAAAAAGAAAACGUCUUAAAGGAGAUAGAGGUCUUCUUAAAGACAGAGAAUACGAUGCUGAUAAACAUUGUGGUGUAUGGAAUGAUGAUACUGGUAAACCAUGUACAAGAUCAUUAACAUGCAAAGCACAUACAGUAUCAUUACGUAGAACAGUACCUGGACGUAGUAAAAGUUUUGAUAAACUUCUUGCUGAGCAUAGAGCAUCAAAAGAUCUUCCAAAUAGAACAUCAAAAGUAACAGUUGCUGGUACAAUAACUGUAUCAACACCAACAAUAGGAAAAAAUAUUAAUAAUAAUAAUAUUAAUGAUAAUGAAUCACCAAGUUCACCACCUGUAUUAUCAUUACCUGAUUCAUAUCCACUGCCAAAGACAAAAUUGGAAGAAGAUUUUGUCAAAGAAGAAAUGAGAUUAGAAUCAAGUUUAGCAGCAAAUAGUGGUUUAUUAACAAAAUCAAUAUUAACACCAAUAUCAGUACUAUUACCAUCAUUAUCACCAAUAACUAAAACAGAAUUAUCAUCACAAGUAUCAACAUUAAUACCAGCAACAAUAUCACCAAUUGUAACAACACCAUUACAAAUUAAUAAUCAAUUACCAGCAACAGUACUUGAAGGUGAAACAUUAUCUGAUAUUGAUAAUGAAAGUAUGACACUUUAUUCACCAGUAUCAUUAUUUAAAGAUACAAAAUCACAAAUAAUUAUGCAAAUACCAAGAUCAAAUAGUCAUAAUAUACAAUCACCCAAUAAUAAUAAUAAAAAUUAUCAAAUACAUGGUUCAUCAAUGCCAAAUAUAACAUUUGAUGAACCAAGUAAUAGUCCUAAAAAUCAAUUGGUUAAUGGUAAACGUAUUAGUAAUAAUGAUAAUAAUAGUAAUUCAAUUUUAUUGAGUCCAUUGGGUGGUGGUGGUGGUAGUAGUAGUGCUGGUGGUGGUCAUGGACGUACAACAAAACGUAUUAAACAUGAAUAUACAAAUGAAUUUACAAAUAUUGAUGGUACAACUGGUUCAACAAGUUAUCCACAUUAUGGUGAUAUAUCAUGGUCAAAUUGUCAUCCAGAACCAUUAGCUGUUAGUCGUUGGUUACGUAUAACAUCAACACGUAAACAAUAUAAUUUUAAUAUUCACUGACAUAAAAUUCCACCCACUCCGGGCUGAGGACUCCAAGAGGCUGAUGAUAAUCGUUCGCCUUGUUUACUUUUACGCCAAUUACUUGAGUGUCGAGUCCAAGGUCCGUCGAGUCGGGUAUCUUCUCAUCAACAUCAUCUUACAUGAACGAUUUAAUUAUCAUUAUUUUAUUUUAUUUUUUUUUCUUCUUUUCAUCUUCCAGUAAUUUAAUAACUCAUUGUUUUUUUUUUUUUUUUUCUCUUAUUUAUUAGACUAAUGAUUUUCAUCGAAAACGAGCAAUUUUUUUUUUUUUUUUAUUAAUUUUAUUUUAUUAACAUAUUUUUUGUAAUUGUAAAUUAUUAUUGUCGUUUUUUUUUUUUAAUUUUGUGAUGUUUUUUUAAUCAUGGUGCGUUUAAUAUUUAGACUUGAAAAAAAAAAAAGAAAAAAUCAUUAAAUGAAAAAAUUAACAGAAAAAUUAUUUAUUUUUUUUUUCGAUUGUAAAAAAAAAAUUUUUAAAUUUAUUUAAAUUAUAUUAUUAAUUAAGUUGUUUUGAAAUGUUUCAAAAAAUAAUUUGUACAUAUAUUUAAUUUUUGAAUAAUGUUUCUUACAAUGAUCUAUUUUUUUUUUUCGAUUUUCAAUGAAUUUUCUUUUUUUUUUUUGUACAGUUUAAUUUAUCUAUAAGUAAAUCAAGUCUUAUAUAUAUUUUUUUAUUUUUGUGAUUUAUUAGUUUUUAUUUUUAAUUGUAUAGUGUGUUAGAAAUAAGAUUAAUUAUGUAAAUUAAUUAUCAAUAGACUGCGAGUGAGUACGGGUAUAAAAAAAAAAAAAAAAACCGACGACUAUAUCCCAAAUCAACAGCUUUUGUCAUAAUUUUUUGUCAAAUUAAAUUUAUUUUCACUACCAAACUGUGCAUUUAUCGUACUAGAAAAAAAAUUAUUCAUUAAUUAAUAUUAAAAAUACUAAAAUUACCUACAAAUCAUUCGAAAUGAAUGAAAAAAAAAAAAAAGAAAUUCACCUUUAAAAAAUAAAUAACAAUGGAUGCAAAUUAUUUAACAUCAACAUUUAUUUCAUUGAUUAAACUCGGUCAAAAUGGAGCAUUAAUUAAGGCCUCAAUUACUUGACAAUUAAUAUUAAAUAAUUUUUAAAAAUGUCCAAAUGCAUCCAUGUAUUAAAAGUAUUAAUAAUUAAGUAUUCUUUUUUUUUCUACAUAGAAAAUAGAUUACUAUUUACCAGAAAGAAACAAAACGUAAUUAUUCAAUUAAACAAUGUUUUUGAGAGUAAAAAAAAAAAUAAAUAUUUACAAUAUUUAAAAAUGUUUACCUGCAUUAACUAAAUUAUUUAAAUGAAAAAAUUUAAAUAAUUAUUGUAAGUUAAUCUAAGACUUCACUUGGUACAAGAAACCUCGUGUAGUACUUGUAUACGUACGCUUAUACGUUUCAUUAUAAUCUUGCUUCCCCAAAAAUUAAAUAAAAACAAAAAAAAAAAAAAA